CAAAUCAUGAUCAUGGCCUCGGCACUUAGGAUUUGGAUAUUUUUGCUCAGUCUUAUCCAUAUCUUAGGGUACCAUUUAGCCUCAGCUGGGUAUUACUGUUACUAUUCGGGAUACAGUGGAUACUAUUGUUAUUACUACUACUCCUCCUACAGUGACGUAGGGACCAUUGCGGGAGCUAUCAUCGGAGGGAUAAUUUUCACAGUCAUCGUUGUUGUCGUUGUAAUCAUCAUCUGCUGUAAGAAGAAGAAUAGACCAGGACAAGUCAUUCAUAAUACACCUGCAAUCAACACUGUGACCACAACUCAUUAUGGACAGCCAGGAUAUGGACAGCCACCUCCUAGCUACAACCAACCAAAUUUAGGAAUCAAUCAGUAUAAUCAGUAUCCACCGCCAAUUAGUGGUAACUCCGCCUACCCUCCGCCACCCCCACCUAAAUACUAA